AUGCCUUCCUCCAUCCCUUACGACCCGAGCCUUGUUCUGGCCAACAUUGUCCACCCGGACAAGAUUGCCAAUCAUCUUGCCAUGGCGCAGAUCCAAGCCUCGGCGGACGAGCAACAGGAUCAUCUCAACGCCCUCAUCGCCUCAAAGAGAAGCCUCGACAUGACCAGGAGUCAACUCGUAAACAUCAAAGUCGACACGAAGACCAUUGAUAGCAAGAUGGAGGCCAUGAAUGCUGAAAUCGAUAAAGUGGCGACUGGUUACUGCGCCGAGAGAAUCAAGGCCGAGGAAGAUCUCGUCAGUUGCCGAAAGAAGAUGAGCGCCGUUAACACCACUCCCGAGAGCCCUGUUGACUUCGUCAAGACGGAUAUCAAGACGAUGCCCCUCGCCGCCGACUCACUCAGUAUGGAUGUGCAGUACUUCUCCUUUGACAUUAACAUGCAAAGUUCCGAUGAGCAUGCCACUGCCGUCUCUGAUGCGGUCUGGGCUUCCGUCUCGAAGCUUGGCAACGACGCCGCGUAUACGAUGAGCCAUGCCGUCCAGAGCCAGGUCUCGAAGCAAACGAGCGUGCACGAUAUCUCGGGAACCCUCGUCUUUACUGUUACGUGCACGCACAAGAACGCCUCCCUCCUCGCACCCCUUAUCAUCAACGUCGACAAGGGCAUUGCGGCGUGGAACGAGCUGCACGAAAUGACGAAGGAGAUGCACAUCGUCUCGGGCGUCACCUAUGGCUCCAGCUUUGUCGGCAUGGUCCAUGUCCUCAAGAUGGAAAACACCUCCGCCUCUGAAAGCCUCAGCUCCAUCGCCCAGACCCUCCAGGCCCAGAUGGACGCUGGCGCCUGGUUCGCAAAGGCCUCGGGUGGCUUCGGUGUCAACGACUCCUUCUCCAAUGACGUCAAGAACCUGCUCAGCUCCCAGAACGUCUCGUCCCAUGUCACGGUAGUCAGUAUGGGCGUCAUCCCUUCCAUCGUCGCCAACGAGGUCAAGAUCGGCGUCAAGGAGUUCGCCGACUUCGACCCUGCCAAGAACAUGGCAGUCUCUGCCGCCGAUGGCGCCCGUACUGGUGCUCAGAUCCAGAGUAUGAAGUCCACUCAGAUCAAGGCUGCCAUUUCUGCCCUUGGAGACCUCCAGGACGGCGCCAACAAAAUCAUCGACAUCAACUCCCUCAUGACCGCCCUCGAGGACUACCUAAAGAAGGCCGCCGAGGGAAACUGUGGUGUCCCCAUCAACUACUAUCUCAAAAUCCUUACCCGCAAGAUGCUCUGCCAGAUGUGGGUGGCAAAGUACUACCCGGGCAAGUACCUCGAGAUCAAGGCCGAUGAUAGUGAAAAAAUAAAAUCCGGCAACGAUGAGACUGUUCCGGCACCUAAGGAACCAAAGGAUUAG